ACAUGUAAACUAAUCAUAAAAUGUGGCUUCAACCGUAACGCACCCUUUCUGUAAGGUAUGAUUGUGCCGCGAAGGCCCAAUAAAUAAAGAAAAUGGGCCAGACUGAAGGUGGAUGGAAGCCCUAGCUACCUCCCCCCCAUGGAAUCAUCUUGUAUAAAACCAAAAACCUAGAUACAAGAAACAAGUAACUGCGACGCCGGGAAUCAGCAAUGGGGGCGUACAAGUACGUGUCUGAGCUAUGGAGGAAGAAGCAGUCGGAUGUGAUGAGGUUUGUGCAGAGGGUUAGGUGCUGGGAGUAUCGCCAGCAGCCUUCCAUUGUUCGUCUUGUUCGUCCCACUCGUCCCGACAAAGCCCGUCGUCUCGGCUACAAGGCCAAGCAGGGGUUUGUUGUCUACCGUGUGCGUGUUAGACGUGGAGGUCGCAAGAGGCCUGUUCCCAAGGGUAUUGUCUAUGGUAAACCCACAAACCAGGGAGUGACACAGCUCAAGUUCCAGCGCAGUAAGAGAUCUGUUGCUGAGGAACGUGCUGGUCGCAAACUUGGUGGCCUUAGGGUCGUUAACUCCUACUGGCUCAACGAGGACUCUACCUACAAGUAUUACGAGAUUAUACUUGUGGACCCUGCACACAAUGCCAUCCGAAAUGAUCCGAGGAUCAACUGGAUCUGCAACCCAGUGCACAAGCACAGAGAACUCAGAGGGCUCACCUCAGAAGGAAAGAAGAAUCGUGGUCUUCGUGGAAAGGGUCACAACAACCACAAGAACAGACCUUCCCGCAGGGCUACCUGGAAGAAGAACAACUCUCUAUCUCUCCGUCGUUACCGGUGAUAUGUUUUUUUUUUUUUGCUCGAGUGGUAUAUCUUCUGUGUGGAUUUACGUUUCAGAAUUUUGGGAUGUAUAACUUUUGCAUUCAAGAGUUUGUUUUCAAGUUUUGAAUUCCGUAAAACAUUGAAUCUGACCAUAAAGCUAUGUUUCUUGGUUAAGUUGGACUGUU